UCACCUCCGCCUCCACAGCAAGUUCUUUCACGACCAACUACCCUCACGCAGUCAAAUACUACCACUUGACUUAUCCUCUCGAUACGACCCCAUCACGAUGUCCAUGCUCGACAAGUUCCGGAGGGGCGCGCAGAAGGCGGGCGUGCAGGCGACGGCCUUCGUGAAGGAGGGCUCCAGUAAGGUCGCCAGCGGGUCCAGGGACUUUGUUCAGACGUUCACGCUCCCUGGCGAGGCAGAGAAGGCAGCCAAGAUUCUGAACAGUUUUGUGGCGGACCCAGAUCGUCCAGAAUCUGCGCUCAACUCGAUACCAAAGGCAGUUUUGCUGAAUGCACGAGGCUUGGCCGUCUUCCAAGUGAUCAAAGCCGGCUUCAUGUUCUCCGGCAAGGCCGGCUCGGGCCUCGUCAUCGCGCGCCUGCCCGACGGCUCGUGGUCCGCCCCCUCGUGCAUCGCGACCGGCGGCCUCGGCUGGGGCCUCCAGAUCGGCGCGGACAUCACCGACUUUGUGAUCGUGCUCAAUAGCGAAGACGCCGUCCGCGCGUUCUCGAUGGGCGGCAACGUCACCAUCGGCGGCAACGUGAGCGCCGCGGCGGGCCCCAUCGGGACUGGCGGAGCCGUACAGGCUUCGCUCGCGCAUCCGGCGCCGAUGUUCUCGUAUUCGAAGAGCAAGGGCCUCUUCGCCGGCCUCUCCCUCGAAGGCACCGUCCUCAUCGAGCGCAAAGACGCCAACCGGGACUUCUACGGCUCCCCCGUCCCCGCGCGCGACAUCCUUUCGGGCCGCGUGCCCCCGCCCGAGGUCGCCUCGCGCAUGUACGAGAUCAUCGAAGCUGCCGAGGGCCUCGACGAGACCGGCGUUCCGCAGGAGGCGUACGUGCCCACCGCCACCGGCGAGCACAUGGACGUCGCCGAGGCGCACCACACCGUGUUCGACGCCGAGGGUUGAGGGGAGAGAAAAGGGGGGAUUUUAGACAGACAGAGGCGGGAUAUGGUACUUGACGAAAUCAUAAUGAUCUAUUUCUUUCUCCUCCGCCCUUCCAUCUAUUGGUUUGCAGUUUUUGCCUCCGCCUCGAUCAAGGUUGUGUCCGAUUAAUGGAGUGAAGCUUCUGCAUCAUGUAAUUGUAUUAUACUGAGCUUGGUUCUGGACGUCUUUAUGAAACAUUGUAAGCCUCACUAUACGUACUGGCAGCGCCUGCAAGUCAUUGAU